AUGGCCGCCUCCAUGACACUCAACUAUUGGGGUGGAGCAAGAAAUACGAAUCCUUGCAUCUGGGUUACAAUUUUCCUCGUCGCCAUCGUCUCCAUCAAUUUAUUCGGCGCACGGGGGUACGGCGAAGCCGAAUUCAUCUAUUCUAUCGUCAAGGUAAUUGCCGCUUUGGGCUUCAUCAUCUUCGCACUGGUGGUCGACGUUGGUGGCGGACCCACUGCUCACUAUUUCGGAGCGACAACGUGGGAUGAUCUAGGCUCAUUUGCGGAACCGAGUUUGGUUGGCCUCGCCGGCGCUGGAGGCGGAAAAUCCCCGAUUGGCACUUCCCACCGCAAUCAAGUGAAGUCUUCUGGCGUGUUGUGCUGGUGA